UGCUCCGUAUCUAUACUGUACUAUAGUCUAUAAUGGUUUAAAUUUCGCGAAUUUUCGCCUCCCUCGGCUAUUGUUUGCCCGGUCGAAGGCCGCACCGCCGACAUUUGAAUUUUGAGUGUCGAAUUGUUGACAUUAUGGUGCGCGGGGAACGCAGGGAAAUGAUAGUCUCGGAAUUUUUUUUUGGCGGUCAUGCCAAUAUGCCUGGGUUCUCGAUGCGGAGAAACAAAAGAGUGCUCAGGUGACGAGAGCCGAGGGAGAGUAAUGUCGAAAAUCGGGAGUGGGGCUUGUGCAACUGGUGAGGAGCCAAGUGAGGAACAAUGAGCUUCGAGGGGGCUUAAUCAAGUUAACGAAGGUGGCAACGUGGAUCGGGUGGCUUACGUGUGAUUUUCAUUAUUUUCGGAGUGAGGAUCCUUGAAAUACGUUUGACGCACCCUCUGCUUCGGAUAAACGGAGGAAAAAUAAUCGAAGUCACCUUCAUCAUACUUCUUCCACGUGAAAGCACUCUGAUACGUUUACCUCCCAGGAAUUUCACUCAGAAAUCUCCGAAAAUGUGAAUUAAUUUUCCCGCAUACCAUCGAAUCAGUGAUUUUUCGAAAAUUACGUAUCACGUGGAAUGCGAUGAGAUCGACGAUUAAAUGAAGCGUUUAAUUGGAAUGGAAAUCGAGUGGUUGAAAUAGUCGCACUUAGGCGUGAGCUUUCCCAAGUGAUUUAAUUCCCCAGGGGUGAAUGGGCAAUGAACAUUUGCCGAUGCACCGGAGAUACAAGCCCGGAAUUUGUGGAUUGAGUGGCGGUUGGUGGGGCAAUUUGCGGAUUGACAGAGUCACCUCCGUGAAAUAAAAACUAAAUAAAAAAAAAAGAACUCGAUGAGGUGAUUGAACUAAUUGCAUAAACAUGACAGCGAAUCUAAAUUGAAACGCUGAAAGUGUUGACAGAAAAACUGAGGGUGUUUAUUUAUUUACUCGUUGGAUGCUGUGAUACCACAAUCUUCCCUUCACACCUAUAUUUUGCAAAGUGAAAAAGGGAAACGAGAUGGCGAGCCGCAUGAAAGCACUCUACAACCAGAUUAUAUUCGAAAGACGAGUACUUCUGGGAUGUACUCUACUCGUAGGCCUGUCUGUGUCUAUAUGGGUAAUAGCUAUUUGUACUGACCAUUGGUACAGUGUGGAAUACCCCCACAAUGACACGGCCGACGUACAAAAAUAUCGGAACCAGGGGUUGUGGCGGUCCUGCGAAACCGGAUUUAAUCACGAAACAUUAGGUUAUUAUUAUAAUUGCAGUUAUCGGGACAUGUUUCCAAAUGCACACACGGUAAAUCUGGAUGAUUUGGAUGAGACUGUGCUUAGCUAUGCAAGAACGCAGGUCUCAUUCGCUAUCAUCUGCCUGAUAAUUAUGAUCAUGGGUUUUUCAUUCUCAAUUUACACUUUUCGAAAUCCUAGAUAUAUGUUCAAGAGAUUGGCCGGUGGAAUUCAUUUUAUUAGUGGUGCUUGUGGAAUGGUCGUCAUUCAAGUAGUGCUGUCAUCAAUUGAACACGAGAUGAAAAACCUCCCCGAAAAAUUUCCAAACGGUGCUAAAAUGCACUACGGUUAUUCCCUCGUUCUUGCCUGGUUUGUCUGCAUGGGAAAUUUGAUAGCCGGAUGUGCCUUCCUCUUAUUCUCCAGAAAACGUAAGCGUGAUAAAGCACCCAACGAGGAAAUAGCGAUGGCGGAUGAACCGACGAUAAUCGGUCGUUGAAAAAAAACAAUUCCUCAAAAGUGUAAGCCUCAUCUCACCUCACAUUCUUUUCCACUUUCCCAAUUGAAUAUUGGCACGAGAUAAAUGUACCUGCGUAAAGCUGAUUAAGAAGACAAUGUACAUAAAAUCAUCCCUCUCCUAGAAUAAACGAAUGAUUGAUCGGAUAUGUAUGAAAGAAAAAAAAAUGUGAUACAUGUAAUUGUAUAAUUAUUGGUAUGCUUCAUUUACAAAUUCAUUCUGAUAAAUCUAAUGUUUCUAUUUGAAGAAAAAUUUACAUUAGCUUUUCAUUGAAUAAAAUUGUCCCGUUAGACAACUAUCAUUGACUAUAAAUCAUUGUAAAGAAAAUAUUAUAUACAUUAUAACCCACGAAAGCUCUUAUUGUAAUUUCGUGGAGUAAUAAAUUAAUUGAAUUUACAUGGUAAAAAGAUACUUCAAAAA